AUGGCCCCGUAUCUAAUCCCGUUGGGGCUGCUGGUAUAUAUCACACGUCGACGAGGCCGUCGCUACUUUUGCUGCUCUGGUUGCUUGUCCGCCUCACCUCAUGGUAUGGGUGACAUCCGAAAACACAUCCUUGGUGUACAUGCUAAGGUUCCAGAGCGGUAUAAGGCUGCUGCUAUGCACUGCAGUCGGCUGAGCCGUGAGGACAAUAGCUUACUACCGAACCAUGUGCUGCUGCACCUUGCCAAAAUGAAAUGGAAAGGCACGGUGAUCAAGCCACUUGCUGAGAUGGAUCUCUCCUGUAUUGGUUCGCGACGGGCCUCAGCAGUUGGCCUCGUUCAACAAAGAUCUUCAACUUCUCCUCCGUCUCCAUCGUCAGGGCAAAUGACUUCUGGUGGAGGAAAUGGUGCAGAUACUGGCGAAGAUGGUAGGCCCUUAGGUUCAUAUAAUCAGCGUCUUUAA